AUGGAGCAAAAUCUGCCACCAAACAUUGACACAAAUAAUCUUAUUAAACAAAUAGACGGUACUAGUAAAACAGCCGCUGGUAAUCCGAGUAGUAAAAAUAUGGGAAAUUAUUUAGGAAAUUCUGCCUAUCAACAGAAUCCUUAUCAGCAGGGAAUGUAUAAUCAAUACGGAGUACAAGGACAAGGUAAUUAUCCAUAUGGCGGUAGUGGCGUAGGACAGCAAUAUUCAAAUUUGGGACAAUAUGGUAAUCAGAUACCAUAUGGUAGCCAGGGACAAUAUGGUAACCAGGGACAAUAUGGAUUAGGUUACCAGAGUCAAUAUUACAAUCAACCGAAUCAGUACGGAUACGGACAAUAUGGCAGUCAGUACGGUACACAAUAUGGUAGUAAUUAUCGUCCAAUCAGUGGUCAGGGGUAUCCUAGUUCAGGAAUAAAUUCGGCUGGUUAUAAUUCGGCUGGAUAUCCUUACUGGAAUGAUGGCAAACGAAAUCAAUUAGAUAUCGUCGUCUCAUUCAUAACAUCGCUCACAUUACUGAUAUUCUAUACCAAAGUUGAGUAA